UUGGAGAGGAGGACACAGGCACUCAAAACCCUGUCUGUGCUUGGUAUAUUAGGCAGCCAGUGCUCUUGGCUGGGAGCCCAGACGAGGCUUUUGUAAUCAAAACAUGAUCUUGUGUGCUGUGCAACCAGUGCCGAGAAGGGCCGUCUGAUGGCUCUCCUCCUCUUUUAGCUCUGCUCUGGAAUCCGCCCGGCGUCGCCGCCGAUGUCCAACAUGCACCGAGCUGAUGCUGCUGUGGAUGAUGCAGUGUUGAGGAAGAAAGAGCAGAAAGAUGUUGAACUCGAUAAGAAAAUCCUGGCUUUGCGGAAGAAGAACGAGGCGCUCAUCCGAAGGUACCAGGAAAUAGAAGAGGACAAGAAGCGAGCUGAGCAGGAGGGGAUGGCAGUUACCUCCAGGAGACCCAAGCAGGAUGGACUCACUAUUACCAUCACCAAGGCUCACAAUGACCUGAAAGAUGCAAUUACCCAGACUGAACACUAUGGACAAGAUAGCCCAGCCCUCUCGAUGGACAAAAGGGUGGUGAGUGAGAAAUGGGUGAGCCCCUGUCCUACGAGCCCUGGGUUUGCCAUUGGCAGUGAGGAAGAGGAGGAGGAGGAGGAAGCAGAUCAUAUGUUCACAUUCAGGAUGGGGAAGAGGAUGCAGCUGGCUGUUACCAUGGACAACAAAGCCAAGGGCAAGCGGAUCGUCAGCGAGAAGCGCAGCGAGUGCUUCCCCGGCCCGGGCAGGGUGCCUGACCUGGGGGAGGAAGGGACAGACCAGCUGGUGGCUUUCCGCAGGGGAAGGAGGAUGCAGAUUGCCAUCACCAUGGACAACAAGGAAAAAGCAGAGGAGAGGAGAACAACAGAGAAGAGGAGAUCAGACAGUGACAAAGGCCCAGAAACUGAGCACAGCAGGAAGGAGGGCGGGAAGUCAGGCCAGAAGAGCCCUGGAGAGCUGAGUUUCCCCAUGAGCGGCCGGGAGCGCUCGGAGUACAUCCGCUGGAAGAGGGAGCGGGAGCAGAUCGACCUGGAGCGACUGGCCCGCCACAAGAACGCGAAGGGCGAGUGGCGACGGGCUUGGGACGUGGAGAAGUCCGAGCACAUGUUUGAAGAGGACUUUGUUAAGGAUGGGGAGCCAGCCUUGGAUAAUCCCAGCAAUAAGAAAGGGGGAAGAAACGCAAGGAAAUUCCAGCACAGGUCCUUUCCUCCCGACGGGAGAGGUGGGCAGCAUGGAGUGAACGUGAGCGACGCCGGCUCGAAGGCAGUGCCUGCAGUGAGCAGCAGAGCCAAGGGCAAGGACAGGCUGACGGGCAGAGCCAGGAGAUGGGAUGCAAAAGAAGGAGAGGACAUGUCUUUUCUGAAGGAUGAUGUUGAUGGCCAGAGGAGCCUUGGUAUGGACAAGCAGAAAAGCAGAGGUGAGGAGGGGGUGGAAGACAAUUGCACAGCUGAGCUGGAGGAAAAGUUGAAACAGCCAAGCCCCCAAGAUCAUGGAUCCUCCUCAUCACAAAAGCUGAGGAAUGGAAAGGUCCAGUCUGCCCAGAACGGCCAGAAGGAGGAGCAAAGAGGAGUGAAGGGCUUCAGCACGGAGGUGUCUGUGACCAGCACAGGGGACUCAGAACCAGGGCACAAGCCAAGCAAGGAAGGCAUUGGGGAAGAUGCCAAUGGGAAGCCUGGCACUGCUGACACCUCUCAGGAGGAGGAGAGCACUCCCAGCAUUGCUCCACAGAGCAACCUUCCAGACACUGUGCAAGCCACCAGGCAUGGCAGUGAGGAGACCUUGUCACUGCCCACAGGAGCAGCAGAUGGAGCUGGCUUAGAGAAAAACACAGCUUCAGAGCAGGAGUCCAGUGAGGACUCUUCCAAUGGCCACAGAGGAAAGCUGGACACGGCAGAGGGAGACAGGCUGGAUGCAGGUCAAGGACAGCUGGUGACAAAAAGAGGGGAGGAAGUGACCCAAGACACCGCCCUUGAGGGGCAAACACUUGCACUGAAAGGAGGUGAAGAUGCUGAAGGCACAGAACACAGAGGAGAGCCUUUGCCCCCAGGGAAAGCCACCUCUGACAAGACUGUUGUGCCUGAGCAGAACACAGUGAAAUCACAGUCCAGGGAAGGGGACCAGCCUGAAGAUUGCAAGGACAAGGACAGAGGGGACACUCUCAACUAGCAAAGAUUGCACCAGUUGCCUGAGACAGAAGGAUAACGUGCUGGAGGUGGUGGAUGAGAAGAGGAGCACAGGUUUUUCCUCACUCUUUGAUCUUCUAUGAAAUCAGCUUCCAGCACCUCUCCUGUGCCCUUCAGCACCCACUCACAACCCAGGGGGUCCCCAUCACCACCCCCACUCCCUGCUCACAGUUUUAGCAUCCCCCUUUCCUCUCCAUAUGCCAAAGGACAGGGAAGGCUACACACACUCCCAACCUACAGACACCACCAUCACUCCUCUUCCGGAUUUGUUUUGCCUAUAUUGCAGCUGUGUGACAAGCCAAUGAAAUGUCUACUGUAUGCACUUUAUUUUAUUUAAUAACUAAUUCUGUUUAAAGUUAAGAUUUAAGUUUCUGGGCAGCCCACCCCUUCCCUCCCUCAGGGCUGUGCCAGGAGGAGGGCAGGGGCUGUGCCAGCUCUCCCUUGCUGUGGGGCAGGGAGCACGGGGAGAUGGGGUGAGAGGUGUUAGGCUGUAGCUCAGUAGGUGGAUGAAGAUGCAGCAUGCAGAGCAGCUCAUGCCCUGGGGGUCUGGAGAUGGAUGAAGUGUUGGCACAGACGUAUGGUUGUUGCCCCGGUCGUGGGGCACAACAGGGAUGGACCAUUCCCAAGUGGCACUGUAGGGUGCAGGAGCUUUUGGCAAGCAUACAUCAACUACAGCACCUCAUCCUUUAAAACCUUCCUCUCCUCCUCCUCUUGGAUGUAGCAGCAGAGGCUGAAUCAGCACAUCAGGAGGUUGUGCUGUUGAAUAAGGAAGGUGGCUGCCAGGUUGAGCAGGAGAUCCACAGCUCAGCAAAGCACCAAGGCUGCUUCUUGAGACCAGCAGUGACUGGAGGACUUGCAGCUCCACAGGCCAUGCAGCACAAAGGCAAUAAUAACCUCCCUUCUCCACCACAAUGCACAAAGGAGUUGGCUCCAGACCCAGGCCAAGUUGGACCUGAAGGUCUCUAAGGCUUCCUAUCAAAUGUUUUUGUCUUCCUGGUUGUGCCUUUUAUAGCCUUGUGCUUGAGAAAGGGGGGAGAAGCUCCCCUGGAAGCUGCCAUGCAGACAUCCUGACCUGGCCUUAAGACACCUUUCAAAAUGAGGAGCUGGAAGAGCAUUUACAAGCAUAAAUGAGCAAGAAUUCCAGCUGCCUGGAUUUCCAAGCAGCUCAGAGGUCCACAGCAAACUAGGACCUAGCUGAAAUAUAGCUGCCAAUUAAGGAGACACAGAAAGCAAGCACAAGGAACAACACAAGUUCUGUCUUCUGAAUGACACAGCAGAGAGGAUCCCACCCUCACUUAGAAGUGCUGCUCUAAAACUUGAUGCAGAAGUAAAUGUACAUGCAGACACGUGUGGAGAUUUAUUGGAUUUCCUUGCAGGAUGCAUUUGCUAACCCAAACAGCAGACUGCCUUGGUGACAAGGGUGGCAUGUGUGGACUGAAAUACUUAUGCUGCUUUAAUAAACUAAUAUUUGCACAGAUAAACAUUUUGGUUUUCCACAUAACUUAGAUCCACAGUACCUAUCUCAUGAUGGACAAGCCUGGAAUUUUCCCCAUGUGCCAAAUUCAGGAGAGUUUACUGGCUUCAGAGUAGGUAGUAUCUAAAAACAGAGUGUGCACCUUUCAUCUUUUAUUAGUAGAAACAUCUUCACCCCACCAAAGCCCAGACUGGGUUCAUUUGGACUUCUCCAACAGAUAAAAGAACAGAUACAUUAAAGCCAGAUUGUGAAACUGCACCAGGCCCUGGAGAUUCUCCAUCACUGUUAAAAGCUCAUUUUCCUUAUCUGACUGGCUCAAAAACCUGCUUACAAUUAUUUUACUUUUUAAUUUAUUACUAUUUUACAUCAGGUCACUGACCUCAGUCUUGGUCCUGACUGAGUCCUCACCAGCCAUGCCAGGAACCAGUUUGCCUCACUGGCCACCCCAAACACAGCUCAGGAGCCUGGUGCACCGCACCAGCAGCCAGGUAGAAACUUGUACAUUGCCCCUGGCACAGCACUGAGAUGUAGAGAUACAAUUGUUCCCCUGCCUUACUGCCCUAGGCUCCUUUUUGAAAGGAAAACUGACACUUUUCCCCCAUUUCCCUCUUCUUUUUCUCUUGCAAAGCCAAGUACUUUUGCAUUGAAUGAUGCCUGGGAAGGAGCUGCCAAGCUCCAGGGUGGGACUGGACAGGCAGUGCCUGUUCCAAGGGUAAUUUUGCCCUGCUCAUUAACACUUUGCUCAAAUGCACUUUGGUUGGUGCCUGGAUUGCAAUUUUUCAGAAAACUGGCUAGCUGUUUAUUCUUUACAGUGAGAGAAAAGACUAAAAAGUUGAAAACUUUGAUGUAGAGGAAUUAUUUAUAUGAAAUAAAAGUUGUCAUUACGAGGAAAAAGCUCCAGUUUCUUAGUGUUUCUCAGUGCCACAUGUAGAGU